AUGCCGCCUAAGAAGAAGGGGAACAAGAAGGCCCAGGAUGACUGGGAGGCCGAGCUGGGCGAGUCCAUCGCCCCAGCAAACGGCGAUGCCGCCCCGGCACCUGAGAAUGGCGAUGACGCCGCCCCCGCCCCCGCCGACGACGAGGCCCCAGCAGCAGGUGGUCUCAUGGGCCUGAUGCGCAAGAACAAGGAGAGGCGCAAGAAGAAGGGCCUGCCAGAGCUCGAGGGCGAGGACGCUCCCGGCGCCGAGCCCGCCGCACCACCAGAGGAGAAGGCCGCACCCGUCGAGGCCAACAUGGACGACGAGUUCGCCCUGCCAGAAAAGAAGGGCAAGGGCGGAAAGGGAAAGCAGCAGGCCAAGCCAGCAGCCGCCGCCAAGGCUGGCGAUGACGAGACAGACGCCUCCGGCAAGGUCCUCACCAAGGCCGAGAAGGAGAAGCUCAAGAAGGAGCGCGAGAAGCAGAGGAAGAAGGAGCAGGCCGCCGCCAAGAAGAAGACCGCCCCAGCCGCACCCGCCAAAGCUGAGCCAUCCAAAGCCGCCGAGAAGAAGGACGAGCCCGAGGCGGCAGCCCCUGCGGCCGAGGCCGCCAAGCCCGGGAAGAAGCUCCCAAAGCACCUGCAACUGCUCCAGAAGCAACAAGAAGAGCUCCGCAAGCGGGAGGAGGCCAAGGCCAAGGCUGACGCCGAGGAGCGCGCCCGGAUAGAAGAGGAGGAGCGCCAAAUCGAGGAGGAAAACAAGCGCAAGGAAGAGGAGAAGGCCCGCAGGAAGCAGAAGGAGAAGGAGAAGGUCGAGCAGCUCAAGAAGGAGGGCAAGUACAUGACCAAGGCCCAGAAGGAGGAGAAGGCCCGGAACGAGCGCAAGCUCCAGCAGAUGCUGGCUGCCGGCAUCCAGGUCGGUGGUUUGGCAGAUGGUGAAUCAGCCAAGAAGGAGAAGCCCAAGUUCGAGAAGAAGGGCAAGGGCAAGAAGCAAGAGAAGAUCGACGAGGAGAAAGCACUGGCAGAGGCUGCCGAACGUGCGAGAAUCCAGGCCGAAGAGGCUCUCAAGAAGAAGGCGGAAGACGAGCGCAAGGCCAAGGAGCAGGCAGAGGCUGAGGCCGCCGCAAAGGCAGCUGCGGCGAGGGAAGAGGAGAUUGAGGAGGACUGGGAGGCCGCCGCAGCAUCCGACGAGGAACCCAAGGACAGCUGGGACGCCGACUCGGACGAGGAGGCUGACAACAAGGAGAGCGGCAAGACAGAGGCAGGAGACAAGUCGCUCCCGUCAAGACCGAAGCAACAAGAGGCCGAGGAGGAGUCUUCCGAAGAGGAGUCCUCGUCUGACGAUGAAGAAGCCGACAAGGAGGCCCUUAGGAGGAGGGAAGCCCUCGCAAGACGUGAGAAGGCCCACCAGGCCGCCCUCGCUGCCCGGUCAAAAGACAACCUCCGGUCACCCAUUUGCUGUAUCCUGGGCCACGUCGAUACCGGAAAGACCAAGCUGCUCGACAAGAUCCGUCAGACCAACGUCCAGGAGGGCGAAGCUGGUGGUAUCACUCAGCAGAUUGGUGCUACCUACUUCCCGGUCGAGGCCAUCAAGCAGAAGACCCAGGUUGUCAACCAGGACGGCAAGUUCGAGUUCAAGGUGCCAGGUCUGCUGGUCAUCGACACACCCGGUCACGAGUCCUUCUCCAACCUGCGUUCAAGAGGUUCCUCUCUUUGCAACAUUGCCAUCCUGGUUGUCGAUAUCAUGCACGGUCUUGAGCCCCAGACCCUCGAGUCUAUGCGCAUGCUGCGUGAGAGGAAGACACCGUUCGUUGUGGCCCUGAACAAGAUUGAUCGUCUGUACGGCUGGAAGAAAAUCGACAACAACGGCUUCCAGGAGAGUUUGAAGCUCCAGGGCAAGGCGGUGCAGAAUGAGUUCAAGAACCGUCUGGAACAGACCAAGGUUGCCUUCGCUGAGCAAGGGUUUAACGCCGAACUGUACUACGAAAACAAGCAGAUGUCUAAAUUCGUCUCGCUCAUCCCCACGUCCGCCCACACCGGAGAGGGUAUCCCCGACAUGCUCAAGCUGAUCCUGCAGCUCACGCAGGAGAGGAUGGUGGGCUCGCUCAUGUACCUCUCCGAGGUGCAGGCCACCGUCUUGGAAGUGAAGCAGAUCGAGGGUUUCGGCAUGACCAUCGAUGUCAUUCUUUCCAACGGUAUCAUGCGGGAAGGCGACAGGAUCCUGUUGUGUGGUACAGAGGGUGUGAUCAAGACCAACGUCCGAGCCCUGCUGACGCCGGAGAAGCUCAAGGAACUCCGUCUCAAGUCACAGUACGUGCACAACAAGGAGAUCAAGGCCGCGCUCGGUGUCAAGAUCGUCGCUCCUGGGCUGGAGAAGGCCAUCGCUGGUUCUCGUCUGCUGGUUGCGGGCCCCGACGAUGACGAGGAUGACAUUGAGGACGAGCUCGAGAGUGAUCUUGAGACAUUGUUCAGCCGUGUCGAGAGGACCGGUCGUGGUGUGUCCGUCCAGGCUUCCACGCUGGGUUCGCUCGAGGCCCUGCUGGACUUCCUCAAGGACUGCAAGAUCCCCGUCGCCAACGUCGGUAUCGGCCCGGUCUCCAAGCGAGAUGUCAUGCAGUGUGGUAUCAUGCUGGAGAAGUCGCCCGACCACGCUGUCAUGCUCUGUUUCGAUGUCAAGGUCGAGAAGGACGCCCAGACGUACGCCGAGGACAACGGCAUCAGGAUUUUCACGGCAGACAUCAUCUACCAUCUCUUCGACCAGUUCACCAAGCACAUGGACGAGCUGCUUGAGAAGAAGAAGGAGGACUCCAAGAUGCUGGCGGUCUUCCCUUGCGUGCUCAAGCCUGUGGCCGUCUUCAACAAGACCAACCCCAUCGUCGUCGGUGUCGACGUUGUUGAAGGCCAGCUGAGGGUCAACACGCCUAUCUCGGCGGUGAAGCACAACCCCACGACGGGCGUCAAGGAGAUCGUUGCCAUGGGCAGAGUAACCUCCAUCGAGCGAGAGCACAAGCAGAUCCCAGUGUGCAAGAAGGGCCAGCCCUCGGUGGCCGUCAAGAUCGAGAUGGGCGGCCACCAGCCGACGUACGGGCGGCAGCUGGAGGAGACGGACACGCUGUACAGCGCCAUCUCGCGCGCCUCGAUCGACUGCCUGAAGGAGUUCUACCGCAAGGACGUCUCCAACGACGAGUGGCAGCUCAUCGUCAAGCUCAAGCCGCUGUUCGAUAUCCCUUAG